UCAUACCUCAGGGGCGGCCAUGUGUUGGGGCCACAUCGGCCGUUCCGGUGGGAAUGCUGGCGGCAUCCCCAUACCCUGGAUGGCCAUCAUGGGCAUCGGACCUUGCUGCAGCCACAGGGAACCACCAAUGAGUGCACCGACAAGAACAGGCAAACGUAAACACGUGUGAUCAGUGUGUGAUCAUGACUUGGCCUACCACGACAUUGUCUGCCGAGUUCCGUGCGAGUGGGAGAUGUUGGUCCACAGGACCGCUGGCACCACCGUCAUCGUCAUCGCCACCAACAUCAGUCCCUGGAUACGAGCGAACAAAUACGACUUCGCUCUCGUGUGUGCCUCCCCUUCCCCCUCUCUUGUGCUCAUCCAUACCUAUAAAUGUCCCCUCGUUGAACUCCGGGAUCAGCCAUUUGUCCCCGGCCAUCCUGCUGCGAGCCAGCACCGCUGCCCAGGGACUGCCCCCCACACAUUCGGUGCUCCAGAGGGAGAUUCCUGCCGAUCCGUCGUCGUACUUGGCCAUCUUGAUGUGUGCCGCGAACGGGUCUCCUGCUUUGUCGCCGCAGAGGAUGACCCAUCGCGACGCGAGGCCGUGGUUGCGGUCGAUGACGGUGUGGCUGUCCCACAGCGGUUUCGGCUAGGCCAUGAGUGCAGUGAUGCGACGACAAGCAUCAGACGACACAAGAUGCCUCCGGCGAAUCACAAAAUGCGACCCCGGCUCGGCCAUCCUGAAGGAAGCGCGAAGGAGAGCAGGAAGAGAGACGACAGGACGCCCUGCCUUGUUGUAUUGUCUGUCACGAGAGCUACUGGCAGCGUACGUACCGAGAAAUGACCAUACCGCGGAAAGUGUUGCAGGUAUAUAUACCGCGGAAAGUGUUGCAGGUAUAUAUGCUACAUUGAUAGACGCGAAGAUGUGACAACAUUGUGACUCCCACACGGUUCCACGAGUGCAAGAAGCGUCGUCGAAGCCGCCCGUGCGCCCCGUCAUGGUACAUGUACCCGAGUCCAUCCACUCGGUGCCUUGGGGACUCAGGUACCGCGCCCACAUGACUGGCCCCUGGUCCGGCAAAGGUGAACAUGACGCCAUGCCGGCGUCUCUGCGGGCCGCGUGAAUGAAGAGGCCGUAUUGCCGCGCGGCACGGCUAGCGAAUACCGCAUUGUUGCACACACGCUUUACAUCGCUCUCGUCCAACUGGAUGGGCAGCUGCUGGACAUGGCCGUAGUGUACGGCGAGGUGGAUCAGCGCCACACUGCCGGCCCAGUCGCCCCCCAGAUCAAGCACGUAUUGCAGACGCAUCAGCUGACGGGGGCUGAUUGGCUCGUGCGCCGGGCGGUAGUCGAUCACACCGGCGAGGCCCUUCCGCUCGAUCAGGCCAUCAAUCGCCGACCUCACCGCGGCCUCGUCCACGUCCACCGCUAACUGCAGACAGACACCAAAAAGGAAAUGUCUCACACGGACGCAUUCACAGCCAUCCCCUUCGCCACCCUGUGGCCUGACCUGAUAGACCUCCAGCCGCCGUGCGGUGAAGGGGCGGCUGCUCCCACUGUCGAGUCUGUGCCGCCCACGACGAACAUCGCCGCGCACACCCAGCACCAGGCGACCUCCGGCAAUGGACAGCCUCCGGUCCAAAGCAGCUGCAGCAACACUCACAUUCUGAUCGGCCACCGGGACCUCCACCUCUUGCAGGGCAUGCGCUGCGUGCAUCCAUCCCCGAUGCACCGAGAAUAGGGCAACGGGGCACUUGGUGGUGAGAUGGGAUGAUGGGUCAGCGGGCUUGACGAGCUGCCCGUCGAUGUGGCAAGCCACGACGUCGCCGCUGCCGUCGUCAAUGACGAACAUCAGACCUCGCGAUCCCUCCAGCCGCUUCAACAGCUUCUUGCACGAAAUGCCGUGAGCAUCACUCCUGCACGCAGAGUCACACGAACACACACAUCAGGGGAGGGAGGGGAGGAAUGGUGCGGCAGCGGGAUAGCUUACGUGGAAAUGCGGCGCAGGUGGGCUGGUUGGUUGUAGCUGAUCAUGCGGGCGAGGGCGUGCAUAUCGUCGUCGGCGAGUAUGUGUGGGUAGACGUCGCUCAGCAGGCCGUACAUGUCGCACUCGAGCAGCAGCUGGUCCAUCUUGUCACUCGUGGUCGUCGGAGGGGACACUGCGGUGCCGUGCUCGCUGAUCAUCAUCCCUAUCUGAUGGAUCGUGUCUCGCUCAGGCAUGAUGCGAAGGCGACGAGCGUAGUCGACGAUCCUAUGAGUGCAACGGCAAACAGAGGGAGAAAUGCAGGUGUCCACUGCCACGGCCCGUGCCGUCCUGUGCUGUUGAUGUGUGUCAUACUCGCUGAAGUGGUAGGCAGAUACACACACGACUGGCGCACUGUACCUGUGGAUGACAAACACACACACGAUGUAUGUAUUCCCGUUCCCUGUGAGUGUGUGGGACUGCGGCGGUGGCUGUGCACCUACGCGUCGAAUUGGUUGCGCAGGCUGCUGGUGGUCUCCUGAAGAGUCGACUGAGUGGUGCUGAUGACCACAUCGGGCCGGCCGCCGCCCGCCGACACUCGGAUGGAGCGAACAGACUCAUCACCACUCAGCGGCCGCAGGAAGGAACUGACCGCCUGUGUCACACGCAGACACACAACCACGGAACCCGUGAAACACCCCAACGCCUUCGCCUGUCGCUCUUACGUUGAUCUCGCGCAUCACUUGGUAAUAUCGGGCCUUUUUCGCGGUCUUCUCACGCGAUAGCUCAGCUAGCCUCGCAGCGAAGGUCUGGGCGACCCUCUCCACGACACUCAUGAGGCCCUUGAGCUGCUCCGGCAGCUGCACGGCCGACAGGAAGGGCGAAGGGGUCUCCAGCUGGGGAGGUGCCGGCUCGCCGUACAAUGCUGCCGCCGUGUAAUGUGAGGGUGGGUCGACGUCUGUGUGGCCGUCAGCCGCCUCGCCAUCUGUUGCCCUAGGGGGCGAGAGCCAGAAGCAGACCCAAUCACAGACGCCACCUGCCCACACACAACAUAGGACGACCAGACAGGUGCACUGAAGUGGUGCAAGUGGUGGCGUCGGCUCACCUCUGAAGAGUCCAUCUUGUGCCUUCCUUGUCAGCUCUUCCACUUUCUCCUCCCAGCCCCAGUGACGCACUGCUCUAAGGACCUUCUCGAAUGCCCGUGGGUCGGCGUCAAUGAAGAAUCGGUUGUCAUCGUCCGUCGGUAAGCGGUGAUCCCACUCGCCUCCGAACAGCAAUGCCAUCACCGAGCCCGCCGCACGGGUGAGGUGCUUGCGACGGACAGUGAACGGCCGGCCGCCCACGUUGAGGUCCAGCUGGUCGUCGCCACAGGCCGCCGAGCCGUCGGAUGCGCCGUGAAGACUCAGCAGCUCGUGGACGUCGUACGAUGCUGCGAUGCGUUUCUGUUCGGCCUCGAGCUCCUCCAGAAAGGCCACAAUCUGUCUGUCCAAUGCGCACAGGGCUCCGUGGCGCGAGAGGAGGUUGCGAUCAAUGGCACUCGGCAGGUCCAUUGCUCUUGGCAAAGAGGUGUCGGGGGCCGACAGGCAGGGAGGAAGGGCCGCAUAUAUACUGCCUUGUCCAGCCCCCAAUGGCCUGGCAAGGUAAGGGGCUGAAAGAGAGGCACACACAAGGGAGAUGAAUCAAUGGUUCUGUCGUGGCGUGAUUCUCUUACCACUUGGAGUCACGCGUCGAUUGAACAU